AUGAAAUCCAGGAGUCAGGACCGCAGCUUGUCCGAGUCCACUGAACUGGACCGAUCUUACGACCCCCUCACAGGUAACCCACCAUCUAAAGCCACAAAAAGGACCAUCAAGCAGCGCUUCCUCAAAUUGCUGCCCUGCUACCAUUCCGGCACCAGCCCAUCCAUCAAUCAAAAUAGCGUGAGUGAUGAUGCCGAGUUGUUGGCGGUGAGAUACCGACCCGAAGGCCUGGAACGUCUCGUGGGGCGUACCAGCUUCAGUAAGAAAGAACUACAGAUUCUCUACAGGGGAUUUAAAAAUGAGUGUCCCAGUGGUGCUGUGAACGAAGAGACGUUUAAAAACAUCUAUUCUCAGUUCUUCCCUCAGGGAGAUACAAGUAUGUAUGCACAUUUCCUGUUUGAGGCUUUUGACACUCACAACAGCGGCUCUGUUAGCUUUGAGGACUUUGUUCUAAGUCUUUCCAUUAUCCUGAGAGGCUCCAUCACAGAAAAACUCAACUGGGCCUUCAACCUGUAUGACCUCAACAAAGAUGGCUGCAUCACUCGAGAGGAGAUGACAGACAUCAUGCACUCCAUUUACGACAUGAUGGGCAAGUACACGUACCCCUGCAUGAGGGAUAGUGCUCCCAAGGAUCACGUGGAAAUCUUCUUCCAGAAAAUGGACAAGAACAACGAUGGCGUCGUCACCAUUGAGGAGUUCUUGGAGACGUGUCAAAAGGAUGAGAACAUCAUGCGGUCCAUGCACAUGUUUGAUGACGUCAUCUGA